GAUAAUUAUUAUUACUUAAAAUUUAAACAUUCCUUCAACUCGCAUUGCUACCAACCGACAAUGCGAGAUCAUGGAAUUCGAUUUGGGGAAGAAUUAGAUAGUUUCAUGUUAUGUCAUCGUUGAUAGCGGGUUAAUCUUGGCGAAUACAUAUCGAUUGUAAUAAUAAGUGUAGUCGGGCUAUAAUUUUAACUAUCGAUUGUGAUAAUCAAGUAAUAUCAUAUAUAUUAUCAUUGUAAACAUAUUUUGAAUUAUUUAACAAAAAUGGCAGCAGGACCUAUAGCUGAAAGAAAUCAAGAUGCUACUAUUUAUGUUGGAGGUCUCGAUGACAAAGUUUCAGAGACAUUGCUUUGGGAGCUUUUUGUUCAAGCUGGACCGGUAGUUAAUGUUCAUAUGCCCAAGGAUCGAGUAACUCAAAUGCAUCAAGGUUAUGGAUUCGUAGAAUUCCUUAGCGAAGACGAUGCUGAUUAUGCUAUUAAAAUAAUGAAUAUGAUAAAAUUGUAUGGAAAGCCCAUACGCGUAAAUAAAGCUUCUGCUCAUCAAAAAAAUUUGGAUGUGGGCGCGAAUAUUUUCAUCGGCAAUUUGGAUCCCGAAGUCGACGAAAAAUUACUUUACGACACUUUUUCGGCAUUUGGGGUUAUUCUACAAACUCCAAAAAUAAUGCGGGACCUUGAAACUGGGAAUUCAAAAGGUUUCGCGUUUAUUAAUUUUGCCAGCUUUGAAGCCUCGGACGCCGCUAUGGAUGCAAUGAAUGGGCAAUAUCUUUGUAAUCGUCCUAUAUCGGUUUCUUAUGCAUUUAAAAAAGACUCUAAAGGAGAACGGCAUGGAUCAGCAGCUGAACGUUUGUUAGCAGCGCAGAAUCCAUCAUCUCAUGCUGAUCGUCCUCAUCAGUUGUUCGCAGACUCACCUGUUACAAAUAUGGUGACAGUUAUUCCAGGGCAAAUAAUUCCUCCACCACCUCUUAUGGCUCCUCCACCACCACCAGUGUCGUCAAAUAAUAUGUUGCCUCCACCUCCACCUGUGCCACCUCCACAAGUAACAGGAUUUCCCGCCGCAAUACCACCCCCUCCUCUACCGCCACUUUCUACUGGUCAGCCACCAUUGCCACCUCCAGUAGGUAUUCCACCUCCGCCACGAAUGUCUAGCUACGGUACAUCACCUCAUCCACCUUUUCCUAAUGGUGUUCCCUCAGUGCCUCCCCGUGUUCCUCAACAUAGUUGGAGACCACAAGGGUUUCCAACACCACCAUUUGCACCGCGAACAUUUAAUGGGGACUCUUCCGCUGUGGGUUAUCAAUACUGAUAUUUAACAAUAUUUUUGUACAUUCUAAUAAGUGUUGUAUUUCUCAUUGCUAGAAUUAAAAAACAAAUUUGGAGUUCUUA